UUUAGGAAAAAAUCAUACGAAUGCCAAAUGGAAAAUUAUAAUCAAACAUCAACUGAUUUCAUCUUAUUGGGGUUGUUUCCGGCAUCAAGAAUUGGCCUUUUCCUCUUCAUUGUCAUUGUUCUCAUUUUCCUGAUGGCUCUAAUUGGCAACCUGUCCAUGAUUUUCCUCAUCCUUCUGGAUACGCAUCUCCACACACCCAUGUAUUUCUUACUAAGCCAACUAUCUCUCAUUGACUUAAAUUAUAUCUCUACCAUUGUCCCGAAGAUGGUUUCUGAUUUCCUAUGUGGAAACAAGUCUAUCUCCUUCAUUGGGUGUGGUGUUCAGAGUUUCUUCUUCUUGACUUUAGGAGGUGCAGAAGCACUGCUUUUGACAUCCAUGGCCUAUGAUCGUUACGUGGCUAUUUGCUUUCCUCUCCAUUACCCCAUCCGUAUGUGCAAAAGAAUGUGUGUGCUGAUGAUAACAGGAUCUUGGAUACUGGGCUGCAUCAACUCCUGUGCUCAUACUGUAUAUGCACUCCAUAUCCCUUAUUGCCAAUCCAGGGCCAUCAAUCAUUUCUUCUGUGAUGUUCCAGCCAUGUUGACUCUGGCCUGCAUGGACACCUGGAUUUAUGAGUACACCAUAUUUGUAAGCACGUCUAUAUUUCUUGUGUUUCCUUUCAUUGUUAUUGCAAUUUCCUAUGGCCAGGUUCUCCUUGCUCUCUACCACAUGCACUCAGCAGAAGGGAGAAAGAAGGCCUAUUCGACCUGUGGCACCCACCUCACUGUAGUGACUUUCUACUACGCACCAUUUGCUUACACUUAUCUAUGCCCAAGAUCCUUCCGAUCUCCAACAGAGGACAAGGCACUGGCUGUCUUCUAUACCAUUCUCACUCCAAUGCUCAACCCUAUCAUCUACAGUCUUAGAAACAAAGAAGUAAUGGGAGCUUUGAGACGAUUGAGUCAGAGACUUUGCUCUGUGAAAAUCUAGACACACUUUCUUCCUUAGUGUCCA